AUGGUUCCCAUGGCUGUUCUUGUUUAUGUUUCUCUACUGUUCUCUGUUUCUUAUUCCUCCACGUUUGUCAUCACGAAUAACUGUCCCUUUACUAUUUGGCCCGGUACUCUUUCAGGCUCCGGCACCCGACCACUACCCACCACGGGGUUCAGGCUUGACGUGGGACAGUCUGUUAAGAUUCCCUCGGUUCUAGGCUGGUCAGGUCGGAUAUGGGCUAGAACCGGCUGCAACUUUGAUGCUAACGGUGCGGGAAAAUGUGUGACCGGAGACUGUGGUGGGAAGCUGGAGUGUGCUGGUAAUGGUGCUGCUCCUCCCACAUCACUUUUCGAGAUUACGCUCGGUCACGGUUCUGGCGACAAAGAUUUCUACGAUGCGGUGGACUGGUUGGAGCUUGUAACGCUACGGGAUGUGUUGCUGAUAUCAACAUUAGCUGUCCGAAGGAGCUUCAAGUGA